AUGCUUCCUUUUGCUCCCCAGAGCGUCCUCGAGUUUCGCCCAAGACUCGAUUAUUACAAGCUGUUCGAAAUGGACGGCAGUCCUGACGGCGGUAAGACGGCUGACCACCUGUGUGUUCUGGUCCACGGCCUCUGGGGUAACCCAUCUCAUCUUGAUUACGUCGCAUCCGCACUUCGAGAACGAUAUGGCGCAGAUCGGUUGUUCGUCCUGGCAGCGCAGCGAAACCCAGGAAGCUAUACCUAUGAUGGAAUCGAGCUGGGAGGUGAACGUGUCGCUCGCGAAAUCGAAGAAACGCUCGAACAACUAGCCGAGAAGGGAUAUCAUAUUAAGAAGUUGAGUGUAGUAGGGUACUCCCUAGGUGGCUUGGUCGCACGAUAUGCUAUCGGUCUGUUGCAAGCCAACGGAUGGCUGGACAAGGUCGAGCCCGUGAAUUUUACCACCUUCGUAUCGCCACAUGUCGGAGUACGCUCGCCGCUAAAGGGUCUUCCCAAUCAUAUUUGGAAUAUACUCGGUGCCCGUACGGUCUCGAUGUCGGGCCGACAAAUGUUCAUGAUUGACGAUUUUCGCGGUACGGGCCAACCGUUGUUGAGUUUGCUUGCGGACCCUAACAGCAUUUUCAUGCGAGGACUGGCAAAGUUCCGACACCGAACGGCAUACGCGAACAUAGUCAAUGAUAGGUCUACAGUCUUCUAUACUACGGCAAUGUCAAAGGUGCACCCGUUUCCUGAUCCGGAAAAUACAAAUUUCAACUACGUCAAGGGGUAUGAACCAGUCAUCAUCGAUCCAGAUACGCAUGUGCUUCCACACUUGCAACAACAGCCCUCCGUCUUAGAAGAAAUGUCGUACCUCUCAUAUGCAAGAAAGCAGCUUCGUACUUUCUUGAACGUAGCGCCGUUUUAUGUAUUCAUUGCGGUUUUUAUUCCCAUUGGCUCCGUGCUCUUCCUUCUAAACUCCGUCGUUCAAAAUCAGUUGAGUCAGAAACGAAUCAGGCUAUAUGAAGCGGGCAAGACAGAUCUACUUCCCGGGCGAUAUCGAGUCCCAUUGAUUGUGCAAGAUGUACGGGGUGCCGUUGAAGACGUAUUCGAAAAUGUCAACGCCUCGCAAGGAAAUGAAUAUCUUUCUGAGCGCGAUGAAGAAUACACAAAACAAGUAACGCGGCAACGUCGAAUGAGCCGGCAGAAGUCGGUAUCAGGAGAUGAGAAGGACCAGUGGUCACGACCACUGCAGGAACAAACCGAGGUUGACAGCGGCCGGCAUGAUUCUGAGUUUCCUAUUCUCGCGCUCACCCCGGCACAAUUUAAUAUCAUUGACUCGCUCAAUGCCGUCGGGUUCAGAAAGUACCCCGUCUUUAUUCACAAGGCACGGCAUAGCCAUGCGGCGAUAAUAGUACGGAUGCCCAAGGAUUCGUUUUCGGAGGGCAAGGUUGUGGUGCGGCAUUGGUUGGACAAGGAGUUCCAUAUCUGA